AUGCGCGGCCGCGCCUGGCUGGGCGCUGCGCUCGUCCUCGGGGCGCAGCUCCCAGCGCUGUGGCUGGCGGCAGCAGUGGAGGUUCACACUGCCAAGGAGGUGGUGGCCGUGAACGGGACCAACCAGCGGCUGAAAUGCACCUUCUCCAGCAGCAGCCCCGUCAGCCAGCAGCUCUCCGUGAGCUGGAACUUCCAGCCCGAGGACCUGAGCGCUCACGAGCCGGUAUUUUACUACCUGAAGGAGCCCUACGAGCCCCCCGCGGGAAGGUUUAAAGACCGAGUGACCUGGGAUGGGAACAUCGAGCGGAACGAUGUUUCCAUCGUCCUCUGGAACCUGAAGCCCAGCGACAACGGGACCUUCACCUGCCAGGUGACAAACUGGCCAGACGUCUAUGGCACCAUCGGGGAGGUGCGACUCCGGGUUGUGCAGAAAGUGAGCUUCUCAGAAAUCCAUUUCCUGGCCGUGGCCAUCGGCUCUGCCUCCGUGCUGAUGAUCAUCGUGGUGACAGCCAUGAUCAUCUGCCGGCAGCGCCGCAGGAAGGCGCGGGACAGGAGGCUGGAGGCGGCCAACGCUGAGAGUAAAGAAAAGGAGAGCCUGAAGGUGGGGGAAGAAAAGGAAUCCAUUCCAUUGGAAGAUUAA